UUUUUCCGUGGACGUAAACAAGAUGUAAAGCACAAAAGAAAUGUUUGCGAGAGCGUUUUUACCGUUUUUCGAGUGUAAUAUGGCCCUUUGAGGACCAGAUGGUGAAUUGAAAGAUGUGGUAUAGGAGUUAUAAGCACCGCGGAAAGAGAUAUUAUGCAUUUUUGAGCAGAUUACCAAUCCGACGGUCCAGAUGCGAUGUGAAUACCAGACUAUGCUGAUGAGGAGCAGAAGCAGCAGAAGAAGCCAUCACCAGGAGCAGAAGCUGAGCUGGUGGAGAGCGUGAGAUAGAGUCGAGGGGCCGCUAUAGGCCGCCCAUCGGGUCGAUUCGAGCAUCGGGCUUAGCGGCGAUGCAUUGGCAACCCGGGCAGCUGGCUGCCGCCCGAGGCGCGCUACUGUUGGCCUUCGUGCUACACCAUUGGUCCGCCUUGGCGACCAUGCCUACCAACGCCAAGUUCUACACGAUACAUUGGAACUCGUCCAAUCCCAUAUUUCGCAUCGAUAAUACAGACAAUAUCAUCGAUGUUAAUAGGAAUAAUAUGAAAUUUGAAUAUGAUCAGGUGAACCUGAUCUGUCCCGUGUACAUGCCAGGCACGCGGGACGAAGAAAUGGAGAAGUAUAUAAUAUACAACGUGUCGAAAGACGAAUACGAAACAUGUAGGAUAACGAAUCCAAACCCUAGGAUAAUAGCUGUGUGCGAUAAGCCCUACAAGCUGAUGUAUUUUACAAUUACAUUUAGACCGUUCACACCUCAGCCUGGUGGGCUGGAAUUUCUACCAGGUAUGUAG